AGCAUAAAGCUCUUCAACGUGUUCAGUACUAAUUAGUUGAUAUGGGUCGUUAAUGUGAUUUUAUUAUUUAACUAAUUUGUUGGACUGUUCAAGUGUGAAUUAGCGACGGGGAUCGUUUGUUUCUUGUCUGCCAGUUUAAAUGAGUUUUCGCUAGCGAAAAAAGGAGAAAAAUAACAGCAUUAGCUUGAAACUACUGGAGCUGACGAGACGUACGUUUAGACAAACUAUCGCCGUUUGGAUUCAAAAUGUCGUCCACCGGCGGUCCGGGAGAUGUUCUCCAGCAGGUCAACCAGUUGUGGUCCAUGUUGGACGACCUUUGCCAAAACGACCCAGAAGCUUACCGCAGCUUCUUGGAGAAACAGGUGAAAUCCGGAAUGGAGUACAAUGCGCCGCCUCAGCUCGACUCGUGUAUACGCAUCGACAUAUUGGAACCACCGGGAGGCUCGCUUUACAUUAACAUAUGCAGCUGGAAGCGUGUACCAGCAUCCCAAGAUCCCAGCAAGCCAUUACCUGUGUAUGCUGGAAGCCUGGAAGCACACACAGAUGAAGGUGCUUACACAGUGCUGGACAUAGCGUUUAACCCCGAGGUUCUGCAGGACUGUAAGAAAGACAAGGCAGAGAUGGACCAAGUCUACAUGCUGGCUCUGAGCUUCGCCCAGCAGCAGCACGGGCUCAAGUUGUCUCAGCAGUAUAAUGUCGUUAGCUUUUGCCCCAAAAAUGGCCCGGAGGACUUGCGUCGCCGCCUCGGCUUCCAGCAGCAGCAGCAGCAGCGACUGACUGCAGACAAACUGUCAGAUGCAGACGGGCAGAGCCCAGACUCCUUCCUGCAGCAGAUCAACUCUCUGCGGCUGGCCAAAGACGACAUGGGCCCGCCAGCUGAUAUUGUCCAUGGACCAGCCGUGCGCAAGAAGGGCUUGAUCGAGGUAAUAUCCUCCACCACGUUUGGGCAGCCUGAAAAGCCAGAAUACCGACUAGAGGUGAAGGCCCACGCCGAGGGAUUUCCCUGCAAGCUGGAGCUGACUGUGGAGCUGCCCAAGAUAAGCUCCAUGUCAGAGUGGCAGCUCAAGAUGUCCAAGGAUGACGUCUUGUUAGAGGUGGAGGACAUCUACUACUUGCUUCUGGACUUGCCCAAGUCUGUCAAUGAAAACAGUGCAGUUGCCAUCUUUAAUAAGCGGAGUCGAAGGCUCAGGGUAACGGUGGAUAUUUUAUGACACGUCCGGACUG